AUGCUCAACACUUACAGGGAAAUGCUGGAGAUCUAUUCUCGUAUCAGAGAGCUUCUUCCCAGCGACCAAUCGGAAGUCACCGAGGGCACAUGGGAUGGCACCGUUGACAUCCAAGCGACCGUCAAUGAGCCUCAGACCAUUGCCCCAAGUGUACUCGCUAGUGCAUGGUCAUCGGAUCUCUCCUUUCCAGAGCUUUUACCAUUAUAUAGCCAGCUUCCGGACGGUCCUUUAGGAUUGUUGUUAGAGGGUGUAAAUCAUCCCCUCGGUCAAUUUUCCCAAGACGUAGUGCCCUACAGCUCUUCCGAUCCAGACGGCUAUGAGUCUAUGGCACAAGACUUCGUGCCCCAGCACAGCACGUACUCUGAGGAGCAGACCCCGUCAAGUUCUUCAGUCGAACACGAUGAACAAUCACCUGUCCAGGAAAGAGUACAGUGCACCCGGCCUGGGUGCUCAAGUGUCGUCAACAAGAGUAAUCUCACUCGUCAUAUCAACGAAGUACAUGAGCGGAAGGUUAAGGCUCGAUGCGCCAGCUGUGGAAAAGGGUUCGCACGCCCGUACAUGAUGGAUGACCAUAUCCUUCGGGGCAAAUGCGUCCCUAGAUUUGGUUGA